CUAAGCAUGAGCCGAGCCCCAAUUUGUUCUUUGACUGGAAAUUUCCUCCGAUGAGGCUUCGGAAAUACUCUAAUCAGAUCGUCGUGGUUUCAUAACCAACCAGGAAUCCGCCAUUCCGAGCCUAGAGAUUCUUCAAUAGCGAGUAUUGCGUUUCAUUACACCUACGAUCCUCACAACCUAGGACAGCACAAUCGCGAUGGCUGCAGAAAAGGGCAUUUCCGCCGGCUCUGUCGCUCCAUCGACAGUCCAGAACUCUCACACUGGCGAAACCUUGCCUCGCCGUGCAUUUCAACGAUUUUUUGAUCGAUGCCAUGCACAGAGAAUCAAGUGUACAGGGAAUCAGAGUGGAUUGGCCCGGGGUCCAUGUCAACGUUGCCAACAGGUUGGACUUGGGUGCGUCUACAGUGAGCGAUGCCCCAAGCGCAAGCUACGCAAAACCAGCGCAGCGAACCUUGUCCCCGCAAACCCUAAGCACAUGUCCUCGCCCCUGGUCUCCUCCCUUACCUUGCCGCGAGAUGUGUCGGGAUCGCACUCUGCACCCACCUCCCUGCCCUUCCUGGAUUCCUCUGACGAUUUCGACUGGUUCUGGCCCUCGAUUGACGUGGAUAGUCUCCGUAUUUGUGGAUAG